AUGGGGCUUCUCUAUAUUACGAUGAUAUGGCAUUUGGCAAGUGUGGUUUCCGUGUUGGAAGAUAGUUAUGGGCUAAACGCAAUGAUGAAAAGCCGGGGUUUGAUCAAGGGCAAGGUGGGAAUUUCCACUGCGGUUUUCUUUGUGUUGGGUUUGUCUUUCUUUGGGAUUCAACAUAUGUUCAAAAUUUUCGUGGUUCUCGGACAUGGAGAUGGGAUUGGAAAAAGGAUUGUGUAUGGGAUUAUUUGCCUUAUUUUGCUAUCGAUUUCUAUACUCUUUCAACUCAUUAUGGAGACGAUGGUUUACUUCGUUUGCAAGUCGUAUCACCAUGAAAAUAUCGAUAAGUCCUCGUUAGCAGAUCAUCUUGGUGGGUAUCUUGAGGAGUUUAUUCCUCUCCAAUUUAAGGAUGUUCAGUUAGAGCAAUUUGAGGUUUGA